AUGAUGUAUCGAACAGUAGGGUCUGGCACCCGAAGCAGAAAUUGGAAACCAUGGAUGACUGUUCUUCUCAUUGUGUUAAUACUGGCAGUGGUAGCAGUGGGCAUCGGUGUUCUGGCUCAUUUUUUAGUGUCUGGCCAAAAAAUGGAGUAUUAUCAUGGCACCUUUAAAAUUUCAAGUGUGCAAAGGAAUAGGAAUUCUAGACAAAACAGCACGUACCGACUUAUGGAAUUUCGAGAGAGAAGUGAAAAUUUGGUGGAUGAGAUAUUUAUACAUUCGACCCUGAACAAACAUUAUAUCAAGAACCAAGUAAUCAGACUGACUCCAGAGAAAGAUGGUGUGAAAGCAGAUGUCAUUAUGAUUUUCCAGUUCCCUUCUGCUGGGCGAAGGGCAGUAAGAAAGAAGAAAAUACAUCACAUCUUAAAUCAAAAGAUAAGGAACACAAGAGCCUUGUCAAUAAGUGCUUCAUCCCUUCAAGUUAAUGCAAUGAGCUCAUCAACAGGGAAGCUAACUGUCCAAGCAUGCUGUGGUAAGCGAGUUGUUCCAUUAAUAGUCAACAGAAUAAUGUCUGGCGAUAUUGCAGCGAAAGCUGCCUGGCCUUGGCAAGCUUCCCUUCAGCGCAAUAACAUACAUCAGUGUGGGGCCACCUUGAUUAGUAAUACAUGGCUGAUCACUGCAGCACACUGCUUUAAGACUAACGCAAAACCACGUCAUUGGACUGUUAGCUUUGGAACAACAAUCAAUCCUCCAUUAAUGAAAAGAAAUGUUAAAAGAAUCAUUGUCCAUGAACAGUAUCGCUCCCCAGCAAGAGAGUACGACAUUGCUGUUGUACAGGUCUCUUCUCGAGUCACCUUUAGUGAUGACAUCCGCCGAGUUUGUUUGCCUGAAGCUUCUGCAUACUUCCGACCAAACUUGACUGCCUAUAUCACGGGGUUUGGAGCGCUUUUCUUUGGUGGGGAAUCCCAAAAUGAUCUUCGAGAAGCCAGGCUGAAAAUCAUAAGUGAUGAUCUAUGCAAGCAACCACAUGUGUAUGGCGAUGAUAUAAAAUUUGGAAUGUUUUGUGCUGGAUAUAUGGAAGGAAUUCAUGAUGCCUGCAGGGUAGGGCGAUUCUGGGGGACCUUUAGUUGUAAAGGAUUCUAA